CUGCUGCUUUACGGCUGCCUCUCCCAGACUGGAGCCCGGGAGCGCCCACCGCCGUCAGCCCUGUCUCUACAAGUCGGCCCGGCGGAGAUUGAGAGACCCGGCGCGCCGCUGCCCUCUCCGUCGCGCCCGUUCCGGCCCUCGGCGAUGUGAGCUCGAGGAGGCUGCGGUGCCCCCCGGCCCGGGGUUGAGACGGGCGGCAGGUGCCUGUGAGGCGGGCGGGUGCUGGGGGCCUGCAGGAUGGAGGAAAGCAUGGAAGAGGAGGAGGGGAGCAGCUACGAGGCGAUGAUGGACGACCAGAACCACAACAACUGGGAGGCCGCCGUGGACGGCUUCCGGCAGCCCCCCCCACCCCCUCCGCCCCCCUCUUCGAUCCCAGCCCCUGCCCGAGAGCCUCCGGGGGGUCAGCUGCUGGCGAUGCCUGCGGUCUCCGUGGACAGGAAGGGCCCCAAGGAGGGGCUCCCGAUGGGGCCGCCGCCACCGCCGGAGCCGAAUGGGGUGAUCAUGAUGUUGAAGAGCUGCGACGCGGCUGCCGCCGUGGCCAAGGCGGCCCCCGCCGCCACCCCCACCUCCAGCAUCAACAUCAACACCUCCACGUCCAAGUUCUUAAUGAAUGUUAUAACUAUUGAAGAUUAUAAGAGCACAUACUGGCCAAAAUUGGAUGGUGCCAUAGAUCAGCUUUUAACUCAGAGUCCUGGUGACUAUAUCCCCAUAUCCUAUGAACAGAUAUACAGUUGUGUGUAUAAAUGUGUAUGCCAGCAGCACUCGGAACAGAUGUAUAGUGAUCUGAUUAAAAAGAUAACUAAUCACUUAGAAAGAGUCUCAAAGGAGCUGCAGGCCAGCCCUCCAGAUCUCUAUAUUGAAAGAUUUAAUAUAGCUCUUGGACAGUAUAUGGGAGCAUUGCAGAGCAUUGUGCCUCUUUUCAUAUAUAUGAAUAAGUUUUACAUCGAAACCAAGCUUAACAGAGACUUAAAAGAUGACCUUAUUAAGCUGUUUACGGAACAUGUUGCAGAAAAGCACAUUUACAGCCUAAUGCCUUUACUUUUAGAAGCCCAGUCAACACCAUUUCAGGUCACACCUUCAACUAUGGCAAAUAUUGUGAAAGGCCUGUACACUCUCAGACCAGAGUGGGUUCAGAUGGCUCCGACUCUAUUUUCUAAAUUUAUUCCAAACAUUCUCCCUCGUGCGGUGGAGUCUGAACUUUCUGAAUAUGCUGCUCAAGAUCAGAAACUUCAAAGAGAACUUAUACAGAAUGGUUUUGCAAGAGGUGACCAGUCCCGGAAGAGAGCUGGGGAUGAGUUGGCUUAUAACAGCUCAUCAGCAUGUGCAAGUUCCAGAGGGUACAGAUAGUGAAUGUAUUGAAUGUACUUUCCUUCCUGAAAAGAGGACACACUGGAGCUGCAGAGACUGUAUUCAGAGCACAGCGGGGUCCUGCAGACACUCAGGAGCUCUGUCACCAAGCUGUUCUUGGAAGAGGAUGUUGGAGUUCUUACUUUGGUUUGUAAUUUUAAAAAACAGAAAACUAACAAACAAAAACAAAACAGUUGCUGCUAGACUUGGGGAUGAUUUUGAAAUGGGACAAUCUUCUAAUGACUUUAUCUACAGAUUCCAUGAGGAACAAGCGUCAUGAAGAGUGACCCUUGCUAAGUGAGAUCCAGCAGCCAAAGUCAGCAGCUUCCUCCAAAAAUAUAAGAGCAGAAGAAUCUUUUUUAUUUUUUUUUUAAAGCACUUGUUUUGUUCAUUUGCGGACUUGGCACUUUGGCAUAUUGGUUUCACACAGCAAGAUAUCUUUUGCUUUAAAAUCAAGCAGAUCAUUACAAUACAGUAUUUUUCACCCCUAACCAAAACAAACCCCUUUAAAAGAGUUGGUCUUUGUUUCGCAUUAGGAAGUCUUCUUACAGGAAGACGCUAACUCUGCUUCCAGUGUAACUUCUCCCCCCACCCCCGCCCGCACCAUCAGUUCACAAUCCUUUUCUACUCUGUGCCUUGAGCUUUGUGCACUUUGCAGCUCUGUGACCAUGUUGUCAAACUCACAAAUGCUUCCUGAAAAAGUUGAUGGUAUCACAGACUAACUUGCCAAGAUGUCAGGUGUGACUUCAUAGCAGGAUGCUCAAUAAGUGGGAAAAUAGAAACAUGUUGCACGUUGGUCAGAUUUCCUCCUGCCUCACCGUGGCUUGUUCAUGUUAAUGUUGGGGACCAACUCUCGUAGACCAUUUCCAUUCCCUCUGUCACUUAACAUGCUCUCAGCGGCUGCUGGAGUGUUGGCAUUACGCUAGUUUAGGGCUGGCCGGUACUUUAGCACUAACGCUCCCUUUUUAAUAUUGUUGAGAAUUACCCAGUGGUAAAAGCUGAUUCCUGUGAUGCUCUAGGAAGCAGAUAUGGUAAUUAAAUUCAAACAUAGUCAAUGGUGUGGGAUUCCUGAUUGAUUUCAUUUUUAAUGGGUGAGAUAAGUACUUAAAAAAAGUUUGCAGUCUGCAUCUUUUAAAACAUCAUAUUCGAGUAUAAUAGAGAAAAAGUAGCACUGCUGUUUUAAGGCCCCCUUCCCCUGUGGCCAAGCUAUAUUUUCUGUUUCCAUACACCCACAGUGCUACUUAGUUCCUUGUAAAAGACUCUGAAGCUUAUUCUAAGUUGUUUUUGAAAGGCAGAGUAAAAUAGAAAGAUGUGGCAAGGGAAAAACAUUUUUCUUCUCAGUUUUGCGUAAAUCUAAAUUGAGCAUGUGCUUGACCCUCUUUGGCUGUGUCAGCUAUGUUAGACUAAUAUUUACCUCUUCAGAGGACUAGGGGCAAAAAAAGAAGACACGUCAGGGGUGCCGACCAUCACGCUUCUGAUCUGCAGGUUGUUCAUAGAGUUGUCUCUGCUAAUUCACUUGGUCCUUUUUUGGGGGAGCAGGCUGGGGGGCGAGUUUGAAGUGUUAGGAGCAAGUCAGUCAUAUUAUAGAAGUCCUUUGUAACAUGAGUAUUCAGAGAAGUAAAAGUAAGGUCAUCAGAUUUAUUUUCUUAAGUACUUAUCAACCAGGGUUGGUGGAUUUUGAGGAGGACUUUGAAUUGGGCUCAUUUCACUCUGUGAGCAUCUUGGGUUAUAUUGAGAAACACUGAAUUACUGUAAGAAUAAAUACAGGCUCUCACUGUGCCCUGUACAGUUUGACUUGCUACAACAGUAACAUUCUGAUAUCAAGGAAGAAUUCAAUUUUAUCAAGAAGUUCAAUUUUACUUAAUGGAAUGCUUGCUGCAGGCUUAUAAAUAACACCUGCAACUGAACUCUUGAGCAGUUUUAAUAAUGUUUCUGAAAGGAAUGAAAUUGGAAUGUUUCUUUAAAUGUGGGUGAAUUCUUCAAUAUCCUAGUAAUAUACCCAAAUGCUUUUUCUGGGAAGGGAGUAUUCUUUGGCCAACAACGGAACUUUCCCUCUAAAAGCAUUGUAUUAGGAUGUGGAUAGGCAUUAAAAUCUUUGGAUGCUUUUUGCAUUAUUAAGUUAAUGGAGAGAUAUUUUAUAUUGUCUUCUUUUUAUUAUUACGUAUGUGUUAACAAAGUGGGCAGAGUAAAGUUUGCAGAAGUUAGUUUCUCUGUACAUUUUUGCACAGUGGCUGCAGCUUGCUGUGGGUGAGGGCUUAGUGGCACAAAGCUGUGAUUGGAAGGCACUGUAGAAAGAAUAUACACAUCCUCCCAGUGCAUUCGACCUGCUUCUUACUCAUUUUGGCCCCUUGAGGUACAUUGCAGUAUGAAGAAACUAUUCCUUUAAGUCAUUGUUGACCUUGCUUAUUAAAUUGGGAUUCUUAACAAAAUUCUUAGUUUGCAACAUGAGGGGAAUAAGAUUUGCCUCCAUUUUGUAUUGACUAAGCACUGUUUGCCUGAAAGUAUUUUCUUCUCGUGUUUACUUGUAUUCUUCCUGCCAGUACAGUAUAUAGUUUCUGCACUCCAGUUAAACACUGGCUUUUUGUGGGGUCCAAAUCAUCGAAGGCAGAACAUUGUAAAGCAGAUUGAUUGUCUCAUGAGUCAACACAUGCAGUUGGUUUGGCCAUACUGACUGGUGUGUGUGUGCAGCCUGAAACCAGACCCUCCGAAGAAAGCCAGUUCACUCACCUUGGAAUGAUGACACGUGACGUCAGUAGAUGAUUGUCGUUUUGAGAGACGGUGCUUAUUUUCAAGGUUGGCCUUAAGCUUCAGUAACAGUGUCAUCUCAUAUCCUCUGUUGUCACAGCUGCACCCUAACCCGACUGCUUUGUUUUCUGUGGGGCAGAGAGCAAAACUUGGUGUUGUGAUUCUUAAUCUGCUAGUUCUUAGGUAGAGUUAGUGAGAAGAAACAAAAACCUGGGUGCAUGAGUUGUGCAUUAUUAAAUUUUGUGGAAAAGUUACUUUUUUUUCCUGUCCCUUUUGCAAGUUUGAGGAGGUUCCCCUCCCUUUCUUUGGGGGCAUGGGAUGAAAGGCAAUUUGUGAGUAAGUGAGAUUGCGGAAGACUGGAUGCCCAGUGCUUGUGGACACCGCACGUGCAUCUCCAGCACUACAGCCCCGUAAAGCUGUCACUCCCCGUGCUACAUGCCAUGCUUUCUGUCAGGUUGCAAAUUUGCACACAUAAAGAAUUCCUCAGGAAGAGUUUGCACAUGCAUCACCUCGCAAUAUUCUGUACUGACCGAACAAGGGAUUUGAAAGUUUUUCAGCACAAAAGGAGAACUUCAGAGUGGUGGUCUGUGCCCAUGUACUAGCAAAGGUAACGGUGAUCUGACAAACACGAUUGGUUUCUGGCGUUAAAAAGUGAACAGGAGCACUUGUAUCAUAGUAUUUAAAUAAGCCUGUUUAAUCUCCCAGGGUAACCCUUCCAGAUUUUGUCAUCUUCUCAUUGAGACUAGCUCUAUUUUCUUCUAUGUUUCUUCUGUUUUAUUGCAGUUUAUUAUUUCCAUGAUUAUUAUGCAAGAGGCAUUGCCCUUGAGCUAAAAUUCAAUUGUCUAAUAAAGCAGCUAUUAUUAGAUAACAUUGUUUUAUGAAUAUACACUAAUCUGAGAUAUUGAAAAAACUUUACAAUUAAAAAGCAAAACAGAACCCCUACAUGAGCUAUCCAGUCAUUGUUUCGAUGUUUUGAGUUUCUUUUUCUUUUUCUUUUUCUUUUUUUUUUUUUUAUGGUGUCUCUUUGAGCUUCAGAGUAUUGUGUUUACUUUAAACCAGGUUUAGGCCUCUUAAGGGGACUUGAAAAUUUAAGAUCGGAGUAUGAAUCACUUGACUGACACCUAGAAGAGGUUUAUAAGGACCUUUUUGGUUGUGAUUACUGUUUUCAAUAAGAUUGCGUAAGUUGAAGUUCAUGUUUAUCAGAAGUUAAAAUAGAGGUCAUAGGAGUUUGUGGAGAAAUGGCUUUCCUAUUAUUUUCAUUACCUUGUUGAAAUUUGCCCCAGUUUCUGGCCACCAAGAUAUAUGAAAGGACCCUUGUUCUUUCCAAAGGAAAUGAUUCCUCUUCUGUCUCCACUGUUUAUUAACUAAGUCAUUGACACUUUGCCACCUCCACUGGCCAAGACCCUAUUUUGAACCUCUUUCCAGAGCCAAGUGGCACAAGUACAUAUACUGUUUCUACUUAUGUUGGUGGAGUGGUUGUGGGAGAAUUAAAGAAAAUGCUAAUCAGAGGUACAUUCUUCUAGGACCCUAGUAUAUAUUGUACCCCUGCUGAUUGGAAGUUAUCUUCAUUUCUGGUUGGAUUGCAUUGUUUAGAAAUGCAAUGUUAAUGGCUUACAAUUCUGGGAAAUUUAUGGUGUGGCUCUGGGGUGAAUUCUGUGGUUUGAAAAAUAAAUAAAUAUUUUGUAUUGAUUCUCACAUGUCAUUUCAAUGUUGUGACUAUGUACUAAAUGCAGUAAGACUGGAUAUUCUCUUAGAAGGGUAUGUUUUGUUAAACAGAUGGCAAUUGAAUUGCUCUCAUUAGUCCUGUUUGUCAAUAUCACAGCCAUGCAAUUCAGACGUGAUGUUGUGGGGAGCUGUGGCUGGAGACAGGAAUGCUUAAGAAUAAACGGGAGGCCAAAUGCAGACAAGAGGCUUUUGCCACCCACCAGCGUAGCCAGAGCAAGGAUGAAGCAAUGAAAUCUAGUCCCUGGUGGUCCUUGUUUGUUGGAAAGCAUAGUGGAGCUUAGAACAGGGUGUUCUGUACGUCAACUGUUUUAUUAAUCCAAGAAAAACAAAAUGGUGGAUGAAACUCUUAUUGACCGGGGAUUCAAAGCCACUGACUUUGGCUCUGACCUUUAACUCUUGAUGGAUUUUGAAUCACUCCUUCUGUAUUAGGGUGCAUACCAUCACUCUAAAACAUUGUGGUUAAUGAAAUAAAUCUUGUACAGAUGUC